AUGCUCAUCACUGGGCCUAACCUGACAUUAAUAUCUGAGACGAAGACCAAGCUGCAGCUGACACUCAAAAUGAAAGACCUAGGAGAUCUUAAAUAUUUUCUUGGCAUUGAGUUUGCCAGGUCACAACAAGGCAUUCUAAUGCACCAAAGGAAGUACACUCUAGAGCUAAUUUCUGAACUUGGACUGGGAGCAGCAAAACCUGCAGCAACACUUAUUAAAGCCAACAUCAAACUAACCACUAAGGAGUAUGAUGAACACACUAGCAGCUCUAAUGCAAUUGAUGAUGAAGUGUUAACAGACAUCAUCCAGUACCAAAUGCCAGACUGGGCAACCUGCCCUAUCACUAGAAAGUCAGUAAUAGGCUACUUCAUCAAGUAUGGUGACUCUCUGAUAUCCUGGAAGUCAAAGAAACAAAGCACCAUUUCUAGGAGCUCUGCAGAAUCUGAGUAUAGAAGCAUUGCAUCAACUGUAGCUGAACUGGUGUGA